AUGAUGCAGACAAGUGUUGAAUCGCCAUCGAAAGACCUCAGUGAGCAUCUGGAGGCUUUCCAUAUCACUAGUCCGAACGGAGGACAAGAGCGAAUGGGCCAGAAGAAACAAAAGCGAAUGGCUCUUAAAUCGAUGUACAAACGUUAUACAGCUAAUAAGGCUUUUCCUGGAUCACAGCUAGCGGAAGAAUCGGUGUACGAUAAUAAUUCAAGUUAUGUGAAGCGAUUGAGUAACUGGUCGAUGAGUUAUGGUACAGUGCAGGUUGGAGGGGCGAAGGUUAAGGAGAAUAUUGCAAAUAGUGAAAGGACUGACGAAGAGGAAGAGGAGGAAGCUCAAUGGAAACACUAUAGAAAGCCUAGAUAUGAUAUGGAAGAUUUUGAAGAUCUUGAAACGGAGCCAAACGACAAGCAUUUAAAUUUGCAGACGUCUGAUCUAGUUGUUACUACGUCUCUUUCCGAUAUUUCUUUGAUCCCUACGAACACCUUUAAGCAACGGGGAAAUGCCACUUAUGACCAUAUGAACGGACAAUCCAACGACGGUUUUCUGGAGAACGAUACAGAUGAUGACCCGGCUCUUGCAGCAAAGAGUGUGUUUGAUAAGGUAUUGCGACACCAGAAGUCCAACUUUUUGGGUUCCGGGAGCCCUGGAAGGCCUCGCACAAGUACGUCGGACACGGACGUAAGGAGCUUAGGCAAUGAGAAUCAAUAUGAAGACUUCCACUCGCCGUCUUCUAGUUCAUCUUUUAAUUCGCAUCCAUGUUCACCAUCGCCGCCCGGGCUACAUCAGAACAGGCAUCAAGAAGAUAAUCAUGUCGAGCUAAAACUAAUCAGACCAGAGGAUGCGGGGAUGGUAUUUCACCAUGAACGCGGGGUUUGGGAGCCGUUGGAUGAGCUUGAGCUCAGAAGGCGUUCGUCUGUGAACAUCGGGAUCUUACAUUCGUUGAACAAUUCAAAAUACUCGUACGAAGACACAGGAGAUUCAGUGCUAUCUAAGAACGCUAACAACUCCAGCUCAUAUCCUUAUCAGGAUGAUACCCCACUUGGCCCUCCUAGGCUUGCAGAGCAAUUCAAGUUUUUACAUGAUACUUCAACGGAAUUUAACACAGUGCAAAGCGGCAGGGUAGGUCAACAUUUCGCCCGCAUCAAACGCAAUUCUUAUCCAGCUACGAAGGAAGAAAUCCCAGUUGGUAAUAUAACAGAUGUCAACAGCUUAGACACCUCGUUUAGCGUUAGUCAGAGUGCUGUGGUUCGCAUUCUUCUUGACGUGAUCCCCGAUAAGCAGAAUUGGUCCGCGGUAGACGACCUUGAUCUCAGCCAUAAGAACCUAGAGAGCUUGCUGGGGCUAGAUCAUGUUGCUCCAAAUUGCAGCAAUUUAAAUGUGUCCAAAAAUGACUUGAAUACACUAAAAGGUGUUCCGUCAGGCUGUCUACACCUAUGCUGUAGUCAUAACUAUAUUGGCACGUAUGCCUCUCUCAAUCAUCUUCCGCAUUUAGAAACCCUCAACCUCUCGUUUAACAAGCUAAAGUUACAAAACCUCUCUCUGUUAGAGCCAUGUCGACACCUUAAAGUGGUCGAUUUGUCACAUAACAGCAUCACUAGUCUAAGGUAUUUGCCUUCUAAGGCACAUAUUUUGAAGAUCAGUUUGGCAAACAACAAUUUGUCCGGGGUUAUCGAUUUCCAGCAGUUACGACAGGAGUCCAAUGCUUGGAGCUAUAUUGAAGAACUUGAUCUUUCAGGAAAUAAAAUCACAGCGGUUACCCAUCUCUCACAGCUCAGCCGCAUACGUAUCCUACGCCUUGAUGGAAACCUAAUCAAAUCAAUUGAAGGCGGUAAUAAUGCCCAAAUUCGUACUGUAACAUUGACUAAUAAUCCAAAUUUGCACACUAUUUCAGGAUUUCCCGCAUUACGAAUUCUCAAAUGUAGGGGAGAGUCUCUACAAUUGAUGCCAGAUUCCUUACCGGAGUCACUCGAGACUUUAGAAAUCGCGGGAAGUUCCGAUAAUUCGGCAGAUCAGUGGAACUGGCCUAAAAUACUCCCAAAGUACCUAAGAAAUCUAAAACUACGGAAAUUGCAACUUUCUGCGGUGCCCCCAGUCAUCCAAUCACUUCCACUACGCACCCUAGACCUUACUUUUAACUGUCUUAUCAACACAACACAGCUAAUAAAGUCACUCCCGCCUACUUUACAAGAAUUGAAUCUUUUAGGGAAUCCUUUAUGGGCUGUCAAUGACGCUGAUAGGCGCCUUUUAGUUGAAGCUGUGAAGUUAUACCUCUUCGCUUUACGUGGAGCCUAA